UUACCUCGCAAUUAUCAUUUCUGAGUCACAUCUUAGCAUAUUGUGACUUGGUUUGGGUUAAUGCGACGCCAUGUCUACAGAUGAGAAGUACAAGGACCUGAAGCGACGUUACGCUACUCUGAAGCAUGCUGUCAAACAGUUUCACGAUGAGUUUGAACGAACUAAGGCGGAACUAGAAGCUAAACGGCAUAUCUGCUCAGAGCUUGAGGAACAACACCAACAGCUUAAGACUGCUUACGAUGAACUCAUCGCUGAUGUGAGCGUCAUUAAGUCACGCAAACCUGCAAAACCAUCAUCUUCGACAUGGGAAAAUGCGUUAACUCUGAUAAAAAAGGGGGCACAAUCGGUGUCUAAUGAUACCGAUGGCGAUACCUCCUUGCUGUACAAUGAGGUGGUAUCGCUUAAAAACCAAUUGGAGGCAGCUGCACAUGAGAAAGAGGAACUGUUGAAGCGAAACCAGGCGCUGCGCAAUGACCACGACAAGCAGGCCUUUGAGUAUAAUUCAACAGUUACGGAGUUGAAGGAGCGAAUAUUAGCUUUGGAAGGUAUUUUAAAAGAUCUACAGGGCAAUUUAAUAUCGUCUGAAUAUCGUGCUACAAGAGCAUCUUCAGAGAUUGCCAAUCUUAAUUCCAGUCUAGCUGCCCGCGACAAGCAGGUCGAGAAGUUGGAAGAGACUCUUGCAUCCGAACGUCGCAAACAUGUACGUCAUACAAUCGCAUUUGAGCAGAAUCUACGUACCAAGUUGCUUUUUGACCUUUCUCGUAUUCCGUUAAUCAAUACGCUGAAUAUAUAUAAUCACCGUUAUAUGCACGACUGGAGUUUGCUACGUCAUUCAGUAUCUGAUAUUCGCAGCACCCUACACGAGGCGUUAUUAGCAAUGUUAAAGGCCUGGAGCGCUACUAUGCGUUUUAUCAAGUGUCCACAAAUUGUCACAGAAAGCGUGCUUCAACGUUCACCAACUAUGCUUUCCACUUCUAGCAAUCAACCAGAUGAUGAGACUUCUUCAAUGACACCAGUAUCGAAUUGCAUUGACAACGCUUCAGGGGACUGCAAUGGAAAAACCUGGGAUACCAAAGCCCAUGUGGAUGCUGCUGCUGAUGGCACUAUGGCCGAUGUGGAUACCGUGUCGGCACACGACGAUGGUUCACUUCCUUCAUGUCUUGGCAAUAGUGAUUCUGAUGGCCAUAUUUGGCUGUCUCUGGAGUCAUAUAGGAAAACAUCUGAGUCUAUUUUAAAUAAGUUGGAAAGAGAGCUUUCGGCAGUGGAAGGAGCAAACAUUGGCAAUGUAUCACUGUUCAGACGCCUGGCGCAAACAUUUAGGAAUUUAUCGCACAACCAGCGCAUAUAUUUAUGUAUAGAGGAGUAUGUCUGCCCAUAUACUGAUGACAAGGUUAUGUCUAUGCGUCCACGUCAGGAUAUGCGAAGUGCUCGUAUAUUCAUACGCUGCCUUGGCGACAUGUGCAUGGCAGUAUCAAAGCUCUUUACAUUCUACGAAUACGCUUUAUUAAGUUUGGAUCAGUUAGUGGAGAAUGAUUUAUGUCGGUUGGCCACUGUGCUAUCUUCGGAGGUAACCUUUGGCAACAGCAAUCGCUAUGAUAAUCCGGAAACACCUCUGGAGAGUGACAAUGAUUUCAACGAGGAAACAAGUUAUACCCGGCCAAUACCAGUCUUAGGGCAUAAUGAUGUACCCUAUGUUGGCAAUUUCACACCUAGUGUUUCCGUUGUCCCAAAGUCCCGGAUGGGUCUCCUUGACAUGACUGAAGACCACUCUUCCUCACGAGUGUUACGUUCAUUAUCACGCCAAAUAUUAGCUUCAGUGAAAGAUAUACUUGCGGUGAUUUCUGUUUUUAAAUCUGUGGUCUCACACCGAUUAUGUUAUCCCAAAUUGGCUUCAGGUUACUUUUUACCUCUGAGCGGCGGUUCUGCUGAAAUGGUAGACCUCAGUUCUUCAAUAGUUACCUUGGAGACCCAGCUUUCUUCGAUCACUGAAGAUAUUAUUUUACUCAUGCUGGGUAUAUAUUUGCAGUCACGGCGUGAAUGGCUUUGCGGUUUAUCAAUACCUGUAUCUACUACUCCAGGGGUUGUAGAUCCGUCUGUUGAUUAUGAAUUUCAAAAUAUGCUAUCCAAUCACGUUCGGGAGAUAAAUACCAUGCUAUUGCAAUCACCUGAGCGUGUUCAUCUUGAGACCGUUUCCGCAAGUUUACGUUCAGCCGGUGAGGGACGUCGUGAAAUACUUGCUUGUAACGAACGUUUACGUGAGAUUAAUGAAGAAUUAAUGGCUGAACGCGCUCGUUGUGAAGCUUUGGAAUCGCAAUUGUUGGAUAGCCGUCGUGUACCUCAUCCUGAUGAUCGUUUGGUAUCGGAAUUUGAAAGGCUUUUGUCCAGAUAUCGAUUUUACGAUUCUCGAGGCGGUUAUAAUGUCGAUGCUGCUGCUCAAAGCACUUACCACGAUCUCAUGGAUGAGAUUCAUCUACUUCGUGAGGAUGGCAGCAAGAAGGUGAAAAGGCUAUCUGUAUAUAUUCGUCAUUUGGUCAAAUCAGUAGAACUCCUUGAGGAUUCGAAUCGUCAGCUUCGUCAGGGACUCAAGGACUACGCAGAGCAAUACGAGGAGUCAAGGUCUUCGGCUGAUGCCAUGGCAUUGAAUUACAAGGAGCAGCUUGGUCUUAUGAGUGAACAUAUCAGCGAGUUGAACAUCGCUAUGGUAAAGGCUGAAUACCGCACGUCAGAGCUCUUAGAAAUGCAACUAUUAUGUCCCGCGUGCAAGUCUAUAAGUGUUUUACGUGAUGUUGUGAGUGCCAAGUCUGGUGGUGGCUGUACAACAUGUGCUCGUCGUUUAUUAAAGAAACCCAGUUGAACCACUUAAACUGC